AUGGCUCCUGUACGACCUCGAAAGCGAAAGUCCGACCAGUCGCCAACUACUUCUCCCCAGAGAAGCCCCAUCAAGAAGCGCAACAUGGGCAUCUCGAUUACGCAGAAGCAAGCUCUGAUUGACAACCUGCAGCUCGAGAUUACCGAACGCGCGCGACGGCUCAGAGCUCAGUACCAUAUCCAAGCACAACAGCUUCGAUCGCGAGUGGAGAUGCGUGUUAACAGAAUCCCAACUGCCUUGCGAAAAGCGAAAAUGGGCGACCUCCUCGCCAAAACUCUCAAACCUCAACAAUCUCGAGCAGCCAAACCCAAGUCUCCGUAUGUAGCCAGACCUCCCCCAGUACCAGCAAAGGACGGCACGUCACCCAAGCCGACCGCACGGAAGCCAGUGCCGACCAGCAGUACCACACGCGGACACAAGCGGUUGAGCAACGAGAUGGCCAGCGACGACAAGGAGAACCAGGGCGAGCACGUCGACAUUCCCAAGAAGCGACUUCGUGGCGCGCCGGCCAAAGAGACCGUGCCGAUAGCUCCAUCACAAAUCUUGUCACCGACUUCCUCGAAUACCCGAGUACUGCCUAGGGAGCGCCCGGCAUCCCCUACGAAGUCUAUGAUUGGCCGACCUGCAUCACCGGUCAAGGGAUUGCCGAAGAAAGCUUCAUCGAACCUUCUCUCAAGCAUGGUCGAAAGAGCAAGGGCAACGCGACCACCGGCGGUUACGAGGAACACGACUACUUCGACAACGAGUUCCAGCGCUGCACCAGCACCCACUGCUAGCACGCGAACACGUAAAGCUGCAAUGCGCCCACCAUCGGCAGCUGCUACUCGAGGAAGACGAAAGCUCAGCGCGACGAGCGAAUCCAGCGAGGUCAGUACGGCCACCGUGGUGAAGAAGACGACUGCCUCGAGAGCAGCAAAGACGGCUCCCGCGACGAAACGAACGAUGAUGAGCACCAUCAAGUCAGCCACUACAAAAAAGGCUCCUGUUGCGAAACAGGCUGCCGCACCGGCGACCACGGGAAGAACACUGCGUUCAAAGAGAGCAUAG